ACUAUUGCCUAUGCUCUCAAAAAAUCCAGACCAAACCGUCUGUCGCUGUUACAGACGAUUCAUUUUCUCCUACCUGAAUCAGCAAAUUCGUGCUGCAAAAUCGGGGCCUCAAAAAUCGUGUUGGAAAGAAAUGAAAGCUUCAGAAGAAGCGUGAGGAGUGACGAGCACCAUAUAACCCCACACCCCCAAAUCUGGCGCCACAAAGCUCACCAAUAGCGUUUUCACAAUUGAAUUUUUGCCACUCUUCUAGUCUUCUCCCUCGUAUUUUUUAUUUUCUCUUGUUCAGGGUGCUCGAAGAAGCCUGAAAACCGUCCGUUCGUUCUCUCGUGUUCGUCUCCGCAGCGGAAAGCCGAAGAUGACGACCUCUCUCUGCUACGUCGGCGCCGUUUCCAAGGCGCCGUCUCUUCACGGCGGGAACAGAGCUCUGUUUCCUUCCUUCACCAGUCAACAUUCUUCACUCCGCUCUCGCCCUCGCUGUUGCAAGGUUGGUGUCAGAUGCAAUUAUUCUGGAGCUGGUAUAACAGAAAAUUCAAACACAGGGACAAUUGAUGUUGUGGCUGAUGUAAAGAGUGAGCGACAGAUUGUGGUGUUGGGAGGCAGUGGUUUUGUUGGCUCUGCAAUAUGCAAAGCUGCAGUGUCCAAGGGUGUCGAGGUUAUAAGUCUGAGCAGAUCAGGCCGCCCCUCAUACUCGGAAUCAUGGGUAGAUCAAGUCACUUGGGUUUCAGGUGAUGUUUUCUACGUAAACUGGGAUGACGUGCUUGUAGGGGCUACAGCAGUUGUUUCAACACUUGGGGGUUUUGGAAGCGAGGAGCAGAUGAAAAGAAUUAAUGGUGAGGCAAAUGUAGUUGCCGUGAAUGCUGCUAAAGAGUAUGGGAUUCCAAAGUUCAUCUUGAUCUCAGUCCACGAUUACAAUCUCCCAUCCUUUCUAUUAUCAUCAGGUUACUUCACAGGAAAGAGGAAAGCAGAAUCAGAGGUCCUCUCCAAAUAUCCAAACUCGGGUGUUGUCUUAAGACCAGGCUUUAUAUAUGGGAAGAGGAAGGUUGAUGGCUUUGAGAUUCCUCUGGAUUUAAUAGGGCAGCCAAUUGAGAGAAUACUAAGUGCUGUAGAGAACUUCACUAAACCUCUGAGCUCACUUCCUGCCUCCGAUUUGUUUCUCGCUCCCCCGGUUAGUGUUGAUGAUGUUGCCUAUGCAGCGAUAAACGCCGUCACUGACGACGACUGCUUUGGAGUUUUCACUAUUGACCAAAUCAAGGAAGCUGCAGCAGCAGCUAGGGUGUGAAUUCAUCUUCUAAUCUGCAAUAGUUCUAUGCAUAACUUGCCAUAUAUAUGCUGAAUGUGUUAUGGGUUUCAUAGUGAUAUUCCUGUGUCCUCCAGUGUUCCUAGUACUGAAUAUUUUUAUUUUUUACUUCACUUAUCAAAGGUUGAUGUCAAUCAAUAUGAAAAUUACUCGUAUUAAGUCCAUGAAAUGUUUUCUAAUGUCAAAUCUGUAUUGAUGUCAUGGACAGAUGAUAAUGAAUUAUUAUCUCUUGAAUUCAAGAGGAUAAUCAUGACAGCAAUGUAAGUGGAAAAUUGCACACUUA